AUGGCAAGGCGGCAUGUUAACCUCUGCACACUAGAAUCUCUAAAUCUAUUCAUAUCUAUCUAUCCUUUUUUUCUCUUUCACUUCAAUUCUCUCUCUCUGUCUGCUUGUCUCUCUCUCUCUCUCUCUCUCUCUCUCUCUAUCUAUCUACUUAAGUUUCUUCAUUUCUAUUUUCCUAUCUGGCUGUUCCUAUCCAUCUAUAUCAGUCUAUUCAUUUCUCUCUCUCCCCCAUUCUCUCUCUCUCUCUCUCUCUCUAUGUAUCUAUCUAUUUCAUUUUCUUUAUAUAUCUUCCUAUAUCUGUGUCUGUUCCUAUCUAUCUAUUUAUCUAUCUAUCUAUCUACACUUCCUCUCUAUCUCUUUUCUUAUCUAUCUAUCUAUCUAUCUGCAUCUCAGUUCAUCUCUCUCUCUCUCUAUCUAUCUAUUUCAUUUUCUUCAUAUCUAUCUUCCUACUUAUCUCUGUCUAUUCCUAUCUAUCUAUCUAUCUAUUUCAAUUUCUUCAUAUCUAGCUUCCUAUCUAUCUCAGUUCUUAUCUAUCUAUCUAUCUAUCUAUCUAUCUAUCUAUCUAUCUAUCUGUCUGUCUGUCUGUCUGUCAUUCUAUUUAUAUGCAUCUCAUUUCAUAUCUCUCUAUCUGUUUCAAUUUCUUCAUAUCUAUCUUUCAAUCUAUCUCUGUCUGUUCCUAUCUAUCUAUCAUUCUAUUUAUAUGCAUCUCAUUGCAUCUCUCUCUCUCUCUCUCUCUCUCUCUCUCUCUAUCUAUUUCAAUUUCUUCAUAUCUAUCUUCCUAUUUAUCUCUGUCUAUUCCUAUCUAUCUAUCUAUCUAUCUAUCUAUCUAUCUAUCUAUCUAUCUAUCUAUCUGUAUCUUUCUCUCUCUCUGUACCUUUUCUUCAUGCUAUUUUGUUUACAUACCUGUAUUUAUCUGUAGCAGACUGA